AUGGCAGCUGCCCCAAUCACCACAUUCAAUGAUGAAACCGAGACCAAGAGCUUGGCUGGGUCUCGGCUUUUCAAGCCAAUCAAAAUUGGCAAUAUUACACCUCAGCAUCGCAUUGCCAUGUGUCCUUUGACCCGUUAUCGAGCAUCGGAUGACCAUGUGCCUCAGCCUUCAUUCCAAGACUACUAUGGUCAACGAGCUUCAACGCCUGGUACGUUAUUGAUAUCAGAAGGAACAUUUAUCUCCCCGGACCAUGGCGGUUAUGCCAAUGCUCCUGGCAUCUACAAUCAGGAACAAAUCAAGGCCUGGCGCCUAGUUACAGAUGCCGUCCACGCCAAGGGUGGAUACAUCUUUUGUCAACUUUGGGCUCUAGGCCGUACCGCUUCUCUUGAAGUUGCAGAGAAGGAGGGUAUCGUCUUCCGCAGCUCUGGCGACAUUCCCGUUGAUUCGGAUCACCCUAAGCCAAGACCUCUGUCCCUCCCUGAGAUUCAUGAGACAGCUCAAUCAUAUGCUCAAGCCGCCAAGAACGCCAUCGAGGCUGGCUUUGACGGCGUUGAGCUCCAUGGGGCGAACGGAUAUCUUAUCGAUCAAUUUAUCCAAGAUAAAUGCAACAACCGCACUGAUAUCUAUGGUGGUAGCAUUGAGAAUCGCUCUCGAUUUGCUAUCGAGGUAGUCCAGGCCGUUUGCGAUGCUGUCGGCUCGGAACGCACAGGCAUACGUUUCAGCCCUUGGAGUGUUUUUAACGACAUGCGAAUGGAGAAUCCGAUCCCUCAGUUCAAGGAUGUCAUCGAGAAGCUGAAGCCGUUCAAGCUCGCUUAUCUGCAUCUGAUAGAGUCCAGAAUUGCCGGCGCCCAAGAUGUCGAGGGUUCCGACCAGCUGACGUUUGCCAUCGAAGCUUGGGAUCGACCUCUUUUGAUUGCUGGAGGAUUCACCCCCGAGUCAGCACGAACGCUGGUGGAUGAGGACUACCCAAGUAAGGAUAUUGUCGUCUCAUUUGGUAGAUACUUCCUCUCAACACCAGAUCUACCAUUCCGAAUCAAGCGAGGAUUGGAGCUCAACAAAUACAACCGUGAAACCUUCUAUACGCCCAUGGCAUCGGAAGGUUAUACGGACUAUCCUUUUAGUGAUCAAUUUCUCGACGACAUUAAAAAGGAUGGGGUAGUGGGAAAGGCUUGA